AUGCCGCACUAUCUGAAGAUGGGGAACCUCACCUGCCGGAUGGCCUGCAUGCAUCGAUCUCACCCCUGCCUGCAGCUAGCCCGCCGCCACUACCAGGGUCUCCUCAGCCUGUGGGAAGACACCUUGGAGGGUCCGGUCACCCUCAGGACGCCCCUCUUGCUGCUUGGGCUCUGGUUGGUGCUGGCUCCCGCCCAGUGUUCUCAAGGUCGUCCCUCCUGGCGCUACAUCUCCUCGGAGGUGGUGAUUCCCAGGAAGGAGCUGCACCAUGGCAAAGCCGUGCUGGCAGCAGGCUGGCUCUCCUACAGCCUGAGGUUCGGGGGCCAGAGACACGUCCUCCACAUGCGGCGAAAGAGACUCUUUUGGCCUGGACAGCUGGUGGUGAUGACGCAGGAUGACCAGGGGGCCUUGCAGGUGGACUACCCCUAUUUCCCUCUCGACUGUUACUACCUGGGCUACCUGGAGGACGUCCCUCUCUCCAUGGUCACCGUGGACACGUGCUAUGGGGGCCUGGAAGGCAUCAUGAAGGUGGAUGACCUGGCCUAUGAAAUCAAACCCCUCAAGGAUUCCCAGAGGUUUGAGCACAUCGUUUCUCAGAUCGUAGCCGACACUAACGCCAUAGGACCCAUGUCCACGCUGGGACACAAGGCUGAGAGGCACCCGCUGUUCUCUGACCCGAACCCCAGUGCAGCCUCCAGGCUCAGCAGUAAGCUCUAUCCAUCCCACAGUACAACUAUGAAAGGCUGUCUCAUGAGUGCCCAUUCCACUUAUACUCUGUACAACAAUGUGUCACGGUGUGCCCAAUUCCUGGUACGUCUAGGUAGUUUAAUAGACGCCAUGUUGCGAGGUAUCGAAAUGAGGUACUACAUCAGCCUCAUUGUCAUUUAUAAUAAGGGAGAGCCAGCAGAUAUGAACAACUAUUAUGUGCCAGAGGGUCCAUUUGCUCAGAAUUAUGCUGCCAAUAUUUACAAUGUAUUUCAGCCAGAUUCAGGCUUAAUCGUGAAAAGAGAUGGGCCCCAUGAACUUAAUUUCAAACCACCUAUCUACGGACUAUGCUCAAGCGAAGGUCUCAUCUUUCUGGGCCACCUAUCCAGACAUUAUCUAUUGUUAUCAAUUAUAGCCUCCCACCAACUAGGGGCUCUUUUCGGUCUGUAUUUAGAUAAGAAGGAUUGUGUUUGCCAGAGAAGGACCACCUGCAUUAUGAACAGGUACCCUGUGUUGACAGAUUCAUUCAGUAACUGUUCCUUUGCACACACACAAAACAUAUUGUAUAAUUUUGGAGACUGCCUUUUUGAACAUGAAAUAGUGUAUUCAAACAGAAGCCUGACACCCACUCGAUGUGGAAACUCUGUGGUGGAAGACAAAGAGCAGUGUGACUGUGGGACCUUCAAGCAGUGUUACACCAACCCAUGCUGCGACAGUGACUGCCGCUUUACACCUGGGAGCAUUUGUAACGGGGAAACCUGCUGCACCAACUGCACCUACACGCCCGCGGGGACGCUCUGCAGACCAAUCCAGAACAUCUGUGACCUUCCCGAGUACUGCAAGGGGAAGGACACGCGGUGCCCCAGUGAUUUUUAUCUGCAAGAUGGAACCCCGUGCACCGAGGACGGCUACUGCUACCAUGGCAAUUGUACGGACCGCAGUAUGCACUGCAAGGAGAUCUUUGGGGAAGGGGCGCUGAACGCUCCCGACGUCUGCUAUCGCAUAAAUAAAAAGGGCAACCGAUUUGGACACUGUAAACUUAAACUUGACUACAAAAUAACACCUUGUGCUGAUGCUGACGUGAAGUGUGGACGCCUACAGUGUGUCAACGUCACUCAUCUGCCUCGGUUGCAGGAACAUGUGGGGUUCCAUCACUCCUUAUUAGGGGGGUUCUUGUGUUUUGGGGUGGGUGCACACCGAGGGACAAGCACAACUGAUGUUGGUAUUGUGAGACCUGGUACCCCCUGUGGGCGUGGAAAGUUCUGUCUCAAGAGAUAUUGCAAUGCUACUCUGGCGGCCAUAAACUACAACUGUCCCCCUUCGAAAUGCAACUACAGGGGCGUGUGCAACAAUAAAAGGAACUGCCAUUGCCAUGUAGGCUGGGACCCUCCCCGGUGCAUAAACACUGGAGCCGGAGGGAGUGUGGACAGCGGACCCCCUCCAAGAAGAACGCGGACAGUGAGGGAAAGUGGUAUGUCAGUGGUGUAUUUGAGAAUCGUUUUUGGUCGCUUGCUUGCCCUCAUAGCUGCACUCCUCUUCGGUGUAGCCACGAAUGUGAGAACUGUCCAGACCACUACGGUCACUGAAGUGAACGUUCGUAGGAAGUAAACAACAAGUCAGCCUUCGGACCCCUGUACAACUCAGGCAACAUGAAGAAACACCUGCAAAAAGUCACCAUAUCCGGCUGGCAGAGCUCAAGCCCACAUUUCUGAGCGGCUGCAGGGGUCCUGGCCCACAUCCAGGGUGUGCACCGUGGAUGUUUUCACACCACUCUCUCUGACAGCUCGCUGGCCAGCGUCUGCAAUAAAGCUUGAGCA